AUGCGAUCAAUCUUCUCGGUCCUAAACCGGACUGCCGCAAGAUCAUGGCAACCACCUACGCGGGCAUUUCGGAGCCCUCGUAUCGCAUCAAAACUGGACUCAAUCUGCGCCAGAUGUCGCCAGCACCAGAUCCGUCACUUCUCGAGCAGUAACCGGAAAAUGGGAGAAGAUGAACGGUGGCUCUCCGUCGUCGACCACCCAGCGCAGGUUGUCCGUGUUGGGCGCAAGCAUGGACCCGGGUUGAUUAUUCUCGCUCUUAUCCCUAUUAUCUCCUUCGCCCUCGGGACAUGGCAAGUCCAACGCCUCGACUGGAAAACAAACCUCAUUACAAAAUUCGAAGACCGCCUCCUCAAACCACCGCUCCCACUCCCCCCGCGCGUCGACCCAGACGCAAUCACAGACUUCGACCACCGUCGUGUCUAUGCUACCGGCACUCUACGACAUGACCAGGAGAUGCUUGUGGGUCCACGCAUGCGGGAGGGACAGGAUGGUUACGUUGUUGUGACUCCUCUGGAGCGGGACGACGGGCAGAGCACUGUGUUGAUUAACAGAGGUUGGAUCUCGAAGAAGUUGGCGGAUCAGAAGGAUCGGGCUGUCGGGUUGCCGCAAGGGGAGGUUACGGUUGAGGGAUUGCUACGGGAGCCUUGGAAGAAGAAUAUGUUUACGCCGGAGAACGAGCCGGAGAAGGGGAGGUUUUAUUUUCCUGAUAUUGAGCAAAUGGCUGAGUUAACGGGGAGUCAGCCUGUUUGGGUUGAGGAGACUAUGGUCCCGGAUAUGGUCGAGGCCUAUGACCGUGAGGCCAAGGGAAUCCCCAUUGGUCGUGCUCCCGCAGUUAACUUGAGGAAUAACCACGGCCAGUACAUCAUGACAUGGUAUGGGCUUUCUCUCGCGACUUCCGUCAUGUUGUAUAUGAUUAUCCGGAAGAGGCCCAACGAGGCUACUCGUCGUGUCCGCCAGAACCGAAACUGGUAA